AUGCCGGCUCUGCCAGCACUGCUGCUGCCAAUAUACUUCCUGUCUUUCCUGCUAGUCACCAUGCCACCAAGCUCCCUCAGUCAGGCCCCUCUUCUCUCCUCCGUCCGCAUGGCUGCAAUCCUGGAUGACCAGUCUGUGUGUGGACGUGGGGAGCGGCUAGCGCUGGCCCUGGCCCGGGAGAACAUCAACAGCGUCAUAGAGGGCCCAGCCCGGGCCCGCGUGGAGGUGGACAUAUAUGAGCUGCAAAAAGACUCCCAGUACGAUACUACUGACACCAUGUGUCAGAUUCUACCCAAAGGCGUAGUUUCUGUGAUAGGCCCCGCCUCCAGCCCUGCCUCUGGCUCUACUGUCAGUCAUAUAUGUGGGGAGAAGGAGAUCCCUCAUGUAAAAAUUGGUCCAGAGGAAACUCCCCGCCUGCCGUACCUGCGCUUUGCCUCCGUAACUCUGUACCCCAGCAAUGAGGACUUGAGCCUGGCCAUAGGAGCCAUCUUGCAGUCAUUCAGCUACCCAUCAGCCAGUCUGGUCUGCGCAAAGGCUGAGUGCCUGCUUAGAUUGGAGGAACUGGUCCGCCGCUUCCUCAUCUCGCGGGAGACGCUGUCAGUCAGGAUGCUGGAUGACAACCUGGACCCUACCCCACUCCUGAAGGAGAUCCGUGACGACAAAGUAGCCACCAUCAUCAUAGACGCCAAUGCCUCCGUCUCUUAUCUCAUCCUCAAGAAGGCAUCAGAGCUAGGGAUGACAUCAGCAUUUUAUAAGUAUAUCCUCACCACCAUGGACUUUCCUCUGUUGAGACUGGAUGACAUAGUGGACGAGCAGUCCAACAUUGUGGGUUUUUCUAUGUUUAAUACAACCCAUCCUUUCUAUUUGGAGUUCAUCCGUAGCCUGAACCUCUCGUGGAGGGAAGGAUGCGAUCUAACCUACCCUGGUCCUGCGCUUUCCUCUGCGCUGAUGUUCGACGCGGUGCAUGUGGUGGUGGGGGCGGUGAGGGAACUGAACCGCAGUCAGGAAAUUGGAGUGAAGCCACUCAGCUGCACCUCACCUCAGAUCUGGCAGCAUGGGACCAGCCUCAUGAAUUAUCUGCGCAUGGUGGAGUAUGAUGGCCUGACUGGGCGAGUGGAGUUCAACAGCAAAGGUCAGAGGACCAACUACACCCUGCGGAUCCUGGAGAAACACAGAGGAGGCCACAAAGAGAUCGGGAUCUGGUACUCCAACAACACCUUGGCAAUGAACUCCACCAGCCUGGAUAUUAAUGUCUCAGAAACGCUGGCAAACAAGACUCUCAUUGUCACCACUAUUCUGGAAAACCCAUACGUGAUGCGUAAAGACAAUUACCAAGGUUUCCAGGGGAAUGACCAGUAUGAGGGCUUCUGUGUUGACAUGCUGAGGGAGCUGGCAGACAUCUUGAAAUUUUCCUUCAAGAUCAAGCUGGUGGAUGAUGGACUGUACGGGGCCCCAGAGCCCAACGGCUCAUGGACUGGCAUGGUUGGAGAGCUAAUCAACAGGAAAGCAGACCUGGCCGUGGCGGGCUUCACCAUCACAUCAGAAAGAGAGAAAGUUAUUGACUUCUCUAAGCCGUUCAUGACCCUGGGGAUCAGCAUCUUGUACCGAGUUCAACUGGGUCGUAAGCCAGGCUACUUCUCUUUUCUCGAUCCCUUCUCUCCAGCUGUCUGGCUCUUCAUGUUGCUCGCCUACCUGGCAGUCAGCUGUGUGCUCUUCCUGGCAGCAAGAUUAAGCCCAUACGAGUGGUACAACCCUCACCCAUGUCUGCGAGAGCGCAGAGACAUGUUGGAGAACCAGUACACUCUGGGAAACAGCUUGUGGUUCCCCGUUGGCGGCUUCAUGCAGCAGGGAUCAGAGAUAAUGCCCCGAGCCUUAUCCACCAGAUGUGUCAGUGGUGUGUGGUGGGCGUUCACGCUGAUCAUCAUCUCCUCCUACACGGCCAAUCUGGCAGCCUUCCUUACCGUCCAGAGGAUGGAAGUUCCCAUCGAGUCUCCAGACGAUUUGGCCGACCAGACCAACAUAGAGUACGGCACCAUUCAUGGAGGGAGCACCAUGACUUUCUUCAUGAACUCGCGGUACCAGACAUACCAGCGGAUGUGGAACUACAUGAACUCCAAGCAGCCCAGUGUAUUUGUGAAAAGCACAGAGGAGGGCAUCGCCCGUGUACUCAAUUCCAAGUAUGCCUUCCUUAUGGAGAGCACUAUGAACGAGUACCAUCGUGGCCUCAACUGCAAUCUCACACAGAUAGGAGGCCUGCUGGACACCAAGGGCUAUGGCAUUGGCAUGCCUCUUGGAUCUCCGUUCAGAGAUGAGAUCACACUGGCCAUCCUCCAGCUGCAGGAGAAUAACAGGCUGGAGAUACUGAAGAGGAGGUGGUGGGAGGGAGGACAAUGUCCCAAAGAGGAGGACCACCGUGCCAAGGGUCUUGGCAUGGAGAACAUUGGGGGUAUCUUUGUGGUGCUGAUCUGUGGCCUCAUCAUCGCAGUGUUUGUGGCCAUUAUGGAGUUUGUGUGGUCAACACGCCGCUCGGCAGAGACUGAUGAGGUGUCUGUCUGUCAAGAGAUGAUCACAGAGUUCCGAAACGCCGUCUCCUGUAAAAAAAGCUCCCGCAUGCGCCGCCGUCGACCUUUGAGCAGCUCGGCAGCAUUGCGCCACCCGACCCGCAUUGCUCUUGGGGCCCCUCGGCCCCUGCGGCUGGUUCAGGAGAUGCGGCUCAGCAACGGGAAGCUGUACAGUGGAGCUGGCCCUCUGACAGGUGGAGCAGGAGGUACAGGGCAGCCUGACCUGGGUCCAGGGCCCCAACGGAUCCUUGAUGAUCCACUGGGAGCCAACACCACCCCACCUCCACCUGCCCCCACCCCUGUGAUGCUGCCUGCCCGCAGCUGCACCCAUGUGAGGAUCUGUCAGGAGUGCAGAAGGAUCCAGAGCCUGAGAUCAGGCAGCAGUAUAGGCUCAUCCUCAACAAGAAUACCACCUUCAUCUGCCCCCCUGCCCCGACUACCUCCACCCCCUCCCCCGUCCUCCUCCAACACAGACAGUGAGGGUGGAGGGGGUGCUAGCCCAAGGCGGCAACCUCACAGCCCCCCACCUCAUACCCCUCGACCCAUUCUGCCUCCACAGAGCAGCAACAACACAGACCUACUGGGGGACCAGGACUGAGUAUAGGAGCAGCUGGGUGGGGGCGUGGAGGGGAUGCAAGGAGGCAGUGAUGUUGCAGUGGGACACUUGUGCUUCUUAAAGAAACACUAUUUCUACAGGUAAAUUCAUCAGAGAUCAAAGAGUGAUGAGGCAGAGAAGCAGUAAAGCAGCUGAACAGGAAACUGAGAUGACCUCUGGGAGGCGAACGAACAGGACCACGUGUAACAUUUCUCCAUUUUCUACAGAAACAGAAUUGACUGUCAGAUGAUCAUCAGUUAAGCUUCUGUAAUCAGCUAUGGAGAUAAGCUCAGUUUGGACAAAUCUGAAAUGAAAUGCACAUGACUGGAGGAUGAUUUCCUUUUGUCUUCUUACUCCUCUCUCACUUGAUUUUCAGUGUUGAGAGUGCUGGUUUUCUUCCACAGACACUCCGCUGGAAGCCAGUUAGCUCUUUGGUAAAAUGAAACCUUAUUGGAGGACAUACUGCAUUUGUAUGGGAUUAAAAACAUCAGCUAAAAGACUUCCAGAGAAUUAUUUCUGUUGUUUUUUGUUUUUCUUUUGUUGUCUUUGUUUUGUUACCAUUGUUCUAAGUGGGAAUAAAUACAGACUAUGUGUGACAAUAUGGUGGAUUAUAACAUAACUCAACAACAGCUAAUCUGUUCAGACGUUUAGUGUCCCUCCCUGUUCCCCAUUGAUCCUCUUUUCCAGAUUGUGUCAGGAAAUUUGGAUAAAACAACUAUGACAAAAUAGUACAAAUAGUAGCAGAGAGAAGUGUUGAUUCACCUUUCUUUAUUGCCUUUGUUUCCUCUUUUACACUGUGUGUGUAAGUCUAAGUGUGCAAAUAUGAAGCAUGUACCCAGCAACCGCACUGUCCUACCAACAUUAGAUAAUCAGACAGCAACAAAAGGGAAGACAGAGCUAGCAAGAGUCUUUGAAAUGUGAAAUUAAUGUACCUCCUUGUCCCUCCCGAGCAACAUUCGCCAAGCUUUUACCUUAUUUUUCCUCCUUUGUUCACACAGCAUAGACUAGAUGGAGAGACCAGGUGAGCCAGAGAGGGAAGACAAAGAAGUGCAAAUGGGGAGAAGACGGAAUGAACCAGGGAGUGAAAAUACUACACCCUUGUAUCUGAAUUGGAAAUCCGUCUGGAAUUAUUUCCAAUGUUAAAUAUGUUGUGAUCCGUUAAUUCUGGGCAUCUUUUAAGGGGCUUGUUAAUGAGCCAGCGGGCUGUAGCUGUAGCCGCUUCCCUGCGCACUGUUUAACAGACUGACUUGGCCAUCCACAGUAGUAACUCCUGCCAGAGUGAUAGACUACACACACGCCUUGUCAAUACUGUUUCAAGCUUUUGAUCGCCUAAUUACUACCCUUGGUGGCUAGGGACUCAUUCGGAAGGGGCUGAAUAGAGGAAAACAUGCUGAUGAAUACAUUAGGAAGAAAUUAAUGUUUCUUUUGCUGUGGCUGAAAGAGAGUCUCGUCCAUUUUUAUUAUGUUUUUAAUGUUACACCCAACUGUUUUUUGAAGCUAGGACCAAAACGAUCUAGAAUCUUUUUUGUAUUCACCAAUCAGCCACAAGAUUAAAAUCACCUUUCUGAUACUGUGUAUAACCAGUUCAUGUCACCAAAACAGCUCUGAGGCAUGGGCAUGGUAUUUUGGCAGGUGAUUCUUGGUCUUGUGGAUUUGGGUGGUGCUUCCUCUGAUUGGAGUUUUUCAUUGGAUGUGGAUUUGGUGACUACAGAAGCUUGGUCAAUGUUGGGCUAAUCGUUAUCAUGCUCUUUGGUCCAUUCCUGAGUGGUUUUUGUGGUGUGUUGGGGUGCAAUAGUCUUCUUGGAGAGUGCUUGGUCUGCAACUCUGUUUAGGUGGUUAGUAUUCAUCAAACUAGCAUCCACAUAUAUGCUACCAGGACCCAGAAUUUCCCUGUGUGGCUCCGUAACAAGAUAAUUUUUCAGUAGUUUUAAUUGAUAUGUUUAAGCAUACAAUUUCUUCUUUUUUAAAUUUUUUUUAUUUCUGACUUCAGGCAACCACUGCUAUCAUUAAAUACUCAAAACCCCAAAAUAAACAUAUUUCUGUUUUUCUAAUUGUUACAGAUCAUCUGAAAAGACAAGAAGUCAAUAGUGAAUUAAUUCCGACACUGGGUAGAUUAAAGGUAUCUGUAUCUUUUGAGUAGACAUGGCAUGCCAUAAGAAUGAACCUGCAGCACAUUAAGAUUAUAAAAUCAGAAUUGCAUUCAGUUCUUCGCGUGCCUUCAUGUUCGGGCAGUGAGUUUGAUAGACCUGUUGGCACCGGCAGUCAUGCAGUCUGUGGUUCUUUUGCCAGCUUUUCAUCCUGCCUUUGAAUAAAGCAACAAUUUUCCUUUUGGUUUGGAUUAUAUUUUAGAGUUUCUGAUAUGUGGCGUUUUGCUUUUUUUGUGUCUGAAAUGUGUGAUUCUAACAUUGUAUAGUUAACCCAAACACUCAAAGCUAGAUCUGGACAGCAUAGAGUGGCUUAAGGUGUGAGGUUGUUUGUUGACUUGGAUUGUAUUGUUUUUUUUUGUUUGUUUGUUUGGUUGUUUUUUUUUGUUAAACCAGAAACCAAAUCGUUAAACCUGCUUUGUAUCACUGGCCCCAUUGUUUUUUGUUUUUUUUAAGUGCCAUUUCUCUUUAGUUAAAUCAAAAGUCAGUGUGGUUAAUUUUAUAUUUAUUUAUUUUAUACACCACCUCUGAAAGAACUUUUACUCUGUUGACCUGCUUAGUCCAGUUUUGUGUUUGUAUGACUCUGAUGCAGCUAUUUGAAUUUCAGAAUCACUAUUAUUAUGGCUUUGUUAUUAUUUCCUGCAGGUCAUGACUCACUGUUUGUGGAACCUGUUGUCCAUUCAAAUCCCAAAUUGAGCUUUACAGCAUGACUCAUCACUGACUAGACAUAAGAUGAUUCGAUACACACAGUUGUGGUUAAUUUAUCUACAAUCAGAGUGUUUAUAAAAAGUCUUUCUGGUAUUUGUGUUCCAGGAACACUAAAAUCUAAAAGUUAGUUACCUGAUUCCCAUCACCCUGUUUUCCAUGUUUAAUAAAAGCUUUUUUAUGAAUUAUUUUCCAGACAGCAGAGCUUAUGAAUGUAAUGAUUCAGCUGCUUCUUCUCAGUUCCUAACAGCUGAUGCUUUUUUCUGCUUCCUGAAAACAUCAAAAACUUUUGUGUGCAUGUGUCUUUGCCUUUUGUUUAGGGAGAAAGUUUGUAUUGCACAUGUGUACAUGGAACCAUCAUCCCUGAAAACUUCAUCAGCCAUGGUUCACCCUUGGCUGAUGAAGUUGUCGCUGUAGUGUUACCAAACAGCAACAAGAACAUUAUUUCUCACUUGCUUCCCACCUAUCCAUAUCAAGCACACAGGAAAUGUGAGAUAAUUAGCUAAACAACCAGUCCGCCCUUUACAAAUGCCUCUGAAAAAUGCAGGUAUUGUUGUCAGGGCUGGCAUUGCAUUCCUGUAUAAAAUUAUGCGUUUGCUGUAAAGCAGAUUUGUUGACACCUUUGUGCUACAGAUAAUAAAUGAUAACAUUGUUUGCACACAUUAUGCAUUUUCUCUGAAUGACAAGCAGGCUGGAUUUGAUGCUUCUUUCUUUAUCUCUGUUUACUUCUGCCUUUGUGUCCAGAAUGCUGAUGAGCCAACCUUUUCCACAGCACAAACAAAAAUGCCCUCAUCCACCAUAUCUUUUUCCCUGAUACCUUUGUUAUCUGAAGUCUGUUUUGAAAUUUGUCAGUAGAGUUUUAAAUAUCUUUCUUAGUCCUUAUGAAUACUGGAAACUUGAAAUGUGACAGAGCUACACAGCC